AUGCUUUCUCCUUCGUCUCUCCGAUCUCGCCCUUGGUCCGUGCGUCGGGGGAAAUCUGGAAACAAAGGUACGGUUCCUAAGCAAGGAUUCAUGGGGAAGGAGCAGGAGUGCCAUAGAAGCUGCAAUGCCACUGCCUGCAACAAAAGACUGAAGUUUCCAUGCCACUGCCAUGGGUUUAGCAGUACCACUUCAUCAUCACAGCACCCUUAUGGCAGUGGGAGCUCCCACUGGCAACAGCUCCAUUUCAGACACCACAGCCUCAUCGUCGCCCACGUUCAAUUAAAAGCAGUAGGAUCUCAAGAGGAGCUUCAUGAUUUAAUGCAGCUGCUCAAGGAGUACAAAGGCAAGCUAGCCAAAGUUGCAGGAAGCAACAGUCCUCCAAGGCAGUUCUACGUUUAUGCCCUCUAUGGCUUCGUCCGAGCUCAGGUCUUUCAGGCUGAUAAUCUAGGGUUAGGAAACCAGAUUAUUGUAAAGAUAUGGGGGAAUGAAAUUGUGGUUCCAAAGAGCUUGAAACUGGGAGGACUGUUGCUUUGA